AAUUAUCUUCGUGCUCCCGCCCCCCGUUUACCCUAUCCCCUACGUCUGCCUCUACAGCUCAUCGUCGCCGUCGCCUUUGUUCGGAUCCGCAACUGCCUAUCUCGAUCGUGCAAACCGCCAUUCGUCUGCAUCUUCCAAUCUCCAUUUUCGCACAGCACAGGGCCACCACUACGACACUACCAUCCUUCGCGCACUCAGCGCCAGCUCACUUGCGCCAGCAUCUGCGGUUGAGCAGCUGUCUGUCGGGACCACCUGACGCUCUUCCUCGGUCUCCUUGGCGUGUUGGGCGACCGUUGGAUAUUGCAUUUGUGAAGAUCUCAGGCGUCAUCGAUUCCCGAGUGAGCAACACUACAGCCAGCCUCCACGUCUGAAAUGCGCUCAUCGUGAGCAACACCGAAUCCGACCGGAAGUGAGGCUUUGCAUUCAGGAGACUAUCGCAGGCAAGCGUCCAUCACAACUUGGCUCUUCCGCCCUUGUCCUUGAAGUGUAUACGCCUUGCAUUCUACUGACACCCACCAUGGCACACGCUCGUGACGACUCCCUUCAUCGCCCGCUGCGGGAGUCGCCGCUGCACUCUCGAGCUCCAUCAACAGCGUCGGACUGGAAUGGGACGUUUGAUCGGCCCACGACGUCGGAUGCGAAGGGCUCUUAUCGCGAGCUGGAAUACGUUGACUCCAGUCGAGCCCCGGUAUUUCCUGGUACUAACAGAACUUACGAUGGAGCAAUACCCGCACGAUACGAUUAUGCAAGCUUGCAACCCAGUCCUGCACAGGAAUCCUUCGGCCAUGUUGAUUCACCUACGCGACAAGCGUUUCUGCCGCAAGAAAGUAAUCGACCAGCGUCACCAGGCUUCCAUCCAGGAUUUCCUCGACCAGAGACUCCCAGCUCGCCCUAUGAUCCGAGUCCGAAAACAUGGCCAGGCUCGCCACUCAAAGUACCGAUGAAUAGCUCUCACGCAGACAGCAAUAGUAGCCUCUCUCUGAAGUCCAUUUACAACGAGUACUUCAGGACUAUGCCUCGAGAAGAUCGCAUAUCACCUCGCAAGGAAGGAGCUAGACCCCCAGGGCCUCCUGGUGGACCACCACCUGACGGAGGCACAACGGCAUGGCUUCAGGUGUUGGGAGGAUAUUUCCUCUUCUUCAAUACCUGGGGUCUCAUCAACGCCUUUGGGGUAUUCCAAACAUACUAUAAAGGAACGCUUCUGCCGACAACGUCAAACUCCGCGAUAUCAUGGAUAGGCACGCUAACAUCAUUCUUCCUCUGCGCCUCGCCCAUCACAUGGGGACCUCUCUUCGACGUCGGUAAUCCGCGUCUGCUGGUCCUCUUUGGCUCCUUUUCCGUCGUCUUCGGCUUGAUGAUGACCUCCCUCUGCGAGGAGUACUGGCAACUCAUCCUAGCUCAGGGUGUCUGCUGUGGAAUCGGUGGAGGCUGUCUUUUCAUCACAGCCACUUCCAUUCUCCCCAGCUACUUCUCCUCGAAACGUGCUCUGGUUAUGGGAAUCUCCGCCUCGGGUUCCUCCUUAGGCGGCGUAGUAUACCCCAUCAUCUUCAUCUAUGUCCAACCAACCCAUCUAGGUUUCGGCUGGGCAGUGCGCAUCAUCGGUUUCAUAGCCCUGCUCACCCUCGCCAUCCCUUGCAUUGUCAUCAAACCCCGCGUCCGUCCACCCGGACGGCGCAAAAUAUUCAACGCACAAAUCCUCAAAGACGUACCCUUCCAAAUCAUGAACCUGGCCACCUUCUUCGGCUUCGUCGGGCAGUACAUCCCUUACUUCUUCAUUGAACAAUAUGCUGCCAAAUACCACCUCGGCCUCGAAUUCUGGAUGCUCAUCUUUCUCAACAUCGGGUCCAUUCCCGGUCGCAUCCUCCCUGCCUACAUUGGAGAUAAAUACUUUCACCCCUUGAAGGUUCUCGCCACCACAACCGCUUCCGCUACCAUCCUCGCCUUCUGCUGGAUCGGCAUCCGCCACUCCACAGCGGGCUUGGUGGUGUGGUGUUUCCUGUACGGCUUCUUCUCGGGAGCGUUCGUUUCGUUGCAAGGUGCUGCGGUGGCUUCGAUGACGCCUCCCCAGGAGAUGGGCAGUAUCGGGACGAGGUUUGGAAUUAACAUGUUUGCCGGUGCUCUGGGGAUUUUGAUUGGAAGUCCCGUUGGAGGAGCGAUUUUCCCGAAGAGUUGGCCUGGUGCUCAGAGCUUUUGUGCGGCGAGUUUGACCUGUGCGACGCUUUGUGUGGUAGGGACGUGGGUUGCGUGGCAGGCGCAGGUGAAGAGGGAGAGGGGGAAGCAGGGUGGGGAGAAGAUGAUGGAGAUGCGAUAGGUUGGACCCUUUCCCCCUUUUUGCUUUCUUCCAGGUCCUUCUUCUGCCUCGCUCUGCUUCUUUUUUGCGCUUUUGGGUGUGUACAACAUGGAACGUCAGGUAUGACCACAUAUACUAUAAUGAGGAAGUAAUAUCAUAUAAUACUACCUUAUCUAGAUACUAACUAGCUACUACUACUACUUACUAUGCACCUUAUCCUACCCAAGGUAGGUACCUAAG